GACAUGACACAAGGAACCAAUAUGGCUCCACCAUCAGCUGCUUCUUCUUACAUGUAUUAAAUAUGAACGUACCAUAAAUGUCAAGAAAAUAGAGCUAUCGAAUUUACUGUAGAUUAAAGUUAUACACUUUAUUCCUUCUUUUUGUAUUUAUAAAUUAAAAAAAAACGAAUAAAUAAUUAGAUAAAAUGUAUUCGGUAUAUCUUCUAUUAAUUGUUGGUUAAAUAUUCGGAUGCAGUAAUUAAAGAAAAACAAUUUGACGUAUGAAAGUGUCACUCCUGUGAGUUGUCAAGGAAUCAUUUUCAUUUAUAUAUCUACAUUCGUUGGGUGACAUAAUUGUGAAGAAAUCAAAAUCAUUAUUUUCGUUAAUUAAUUAUUUUCCAAAUUUGUCAUAAUGGAGGAUAUGCAAGAAGAGACCCAAUUUGUUGUCGAUACCGUAAGCAAAAUAAUAAAGGAGGCUAUCGAGGUGUCUAUUGGAGGAAAUGCUUACCAGCACAAUAAAGUUAAUCAAUGGACAUCGAACGUUGUCGAAGCAUGUUUAGGAAAUUUAACGAGGUUGCAAAAACCAUAUAAAUAUAUCGUCACGUGUACGAUUAUGCAAAAAAAUGGAGCAGGAUUACACACGGCGAGCUCAUGUUUUUGGGAUAAUGCCACAGAUGGAAGUUGUACCGUACGUUGGGAAAACAAAACUAUGUAUUGCAUUGUUUCUGUAUUUGGUUUAGGAAUCUAAUAAUAUCUGAAGGAUAACGACUUUCCAAAUAAUAUAUAUAUAUAUUUCAUGAUUAAGUAAUAAAUUUAGUAAUAUUAAAAUAUGAACAAUUUAAAUUACAUUAAACCCUUUGCGCUAUAACAAUGCGUGGAGAUUUGUAAUAAUCUUUAUGGUUUAAACGUAAGAAGCAUAAAAUGUAGCAUCAAAUAUUGCCACACAAUUCUAAGCAUUAAAUCAUAGCGUAAAGGGGU